AUGAUCACUGUAAUCAUUCGCCAUUCCGAAAUCGUUCCAGCCCAUAGAAAGUUUUAUAUUUUGUGCGUUUAAAAAGGCAACUCCAAACCAUCCGGCUGGAAAUACAAAAUUAUUAAUUUGAGUGUUAAAUCGAUUGCCGUAGUUCGUACAUUAUUUGUACACAUAAGUGGACAGACCGAACACUAUUUUUGUCUAAAUGAAACAAUUGAACUUAUCGUAUGUGUUUGUGUAACAAUCAGAAAUGCAAACAACAAAACUGUGACGACAUCGAAAACUAUGAGUGUUUUUAGUGAUUUCCAACGAAUGUGGGUGCAACGGUUCCCGCAAAGUUCACUGUCAGACGCAUGGGAACAGGAUGUUCGGGCUAGUUUAGACAGACAUAAACAAAAGAUAACUGAUCUGACCAGGGAAUUGGAACAGGAAACACUGUAUGUGGAAUAUUUGGAACGGCUAUUGAGUGAUGUUGAAAAAUAUCGUGAAUCGGGAGGCGAUGCAGUCAAUCCAAUUCCGAUACCAUCCCAAAAUUUAGACAAGACCAAAGAGAACACUUUGAUCUCACCAGAACAUUCAACUGAUGCAACUGAAAAAUCUGCCGCUAAAAAAGCCAAUGGCUCAUCAGUCAGCACUGACGAUGAUAUCAAAGAUAUUGAAAAUGAAAAGUCUGUUUUGAUGCAAUUACGCAAAGAUGGUGCACUGAAUCAGUGUAUCAACGAAUUGUCAUCGAAUUUGCGACGAUGUGUUAGUGAAUUGCCGGAAAACAAUGUGAAAAGUGGUGAUCAAGAAUCGCCGAACCGGCGAAACAGUCAUCACAGUGACAAUAAAACAGUGACAACACCGUCACAUUUUGUGACGGUGAUCGAGGUGAAAGAGAAUGUGUGCAGUGAAUUGUUGGAAGAAAAGAAAAUUUUAGAUAACGACAGUGAAAAAGACAUUGUUAACGAUGGUGAUGAGAAAAAGGAAAAGGAAAAGGACAAAAUAGUUUCGCAACCAUUGGCCGCCGUGCUUGAAGCAAGGAAAAAAGUACCGCCUCGACCGCCACCGAAAUACAUUCGUAGAGCGGCACCAGUCGAACCGCCAACCGUACCAACCGUAUCCUCCUCCAACACACCACAACAAUUGAAAGACUCAGACAGCCCAUCCAGUUCAUUGGAGCGUAACAUAAAACCAUCGGAAAUAUUACGACAAAAAUCAUCGGAUGCACUAGAUGUUAAAGUUACAUCGGCGUACCGUCGAACCGCACCGGAUGUCGGAAUGCAUUCCAUUUCGUCCGAAUUGGCUGACGAGUUUGGUCGAAAGGUUAUUAAGGCUGAAAGUUUGGAGAAAAAUCGCCGACCCGAUGCUAUUAAGCGAACUCAUAGUCCGACCGGAUCGACAGGAAAGGCUGCAUCGAAUUCAUCACCAACGGGUAGUUUAAACAAAUUCGGCACGGACAAGAGCACCGACAGUCCUACUGGUAGUUUGGGUAAGGCAAACAAUAAAGCCAACGAAAAUGUUGGCUCCAAAGAGUCGUUAACGUCGCAUGGACUGAUAUCGGAACGAAUGAAAAGUUACGAGUCCAUUUCGUCGUUGUCGUCCGACAGUAUGAAAGUGGGUUUGAAUGUGGAACACGAACCGUACUACGAUACCGUUCCGAUGGACAACGGUGACGGCGAUUAUGUGUAUAUACAAGCUGGUGGAACCGGAUCGACAUCGAGUCGUGAUGAUGUAUCGAAUGUUGGCAGUACGUUACCAUUACCCUCAAAUCCUAAGAAUUUCAGCAGCCAAACAAGCAUUCUCACAGAACCAGAAUCUCCAGGACGAAGCUCCAAUUACGUGAACAUUGACUAUUUUUUGUCGCAAAGUCAUGAAACUAGGAGCAGUUCGAUUGAUAGCGACGGAGAAACAUCCGACACUCCAGCGCUAAUGCGCGCUAUAUCCCAUGAUGAGCAACCGUCAACACCGGGAAUGUUAAGAAAAUUAUCGGGCGAAGGCAAUAGAAGUACUUUAAUUAGACACAUAAUUACCAGUAUAAUAGCAAGUGAGACACUGUACGUUGAAUGUCUCAAUAAAAUGAUGCAAUAUAUGAAAGCUAUCAAAGCGACAUUAACUACGUCCCAGCCUGUGAUAUCUGAAGAGGAAUUCCAGACAAUGUUUUUCAAAAUCGAUGAACUCUACACCGUGCAUACUCGAUUUUUGAGCGCUUUGCGACAGAAAGUGUCCCAAGUGGGUGAUAUAUUAGUGGGUGAAACGUUCCGAGAACUGGCUGGUCACAUCAAUUUGUAUGGGGCAUUUUUGCACAAUUAUGGCAGAGCCAUUGACACGGUGAAAAAGUGCGGUUCGAACAAUCAACAGUUCAAGGAGAUCGUUUCGAAUAUCAUUUUGAAUUCGCAAAAUGAACAGUCGUUGACGUUGGAAGAUUUGUUGCACAAACCGGUGGCCCGGGUGCAGAAAAAUGCGCUUGUUCUGCAGGAUUUACUUAACGAAACGCCACAAACCCAUCCCGACUAUUUGCCGUUAAAACAAUCUCAGAAGAUGAUCCGCAACUUUUUGUCCGAAUUCAAUUUUGUUCCAACGAAAAACAUGAUUCCCUCUGAAGACAAAGCACUGCGUCGCCUGAUCAAGAACUCGUUUAUUGUUGAACUGGCCGAAGGCAAUCGAAAACUGCGUCAUCUGUUUCUGUUCAAUGAUGUGAUUGCGUGUGCAAAAUACAAAUCAAGCGGUCGUGACCGGUUCGAAUACGAGCUGAAAUGGUUCAUCGCAUUGAAGGACAUCAUUCCUGUGUUUCUGUACGAAGAGGCAGCGGUCGAUCCCAAAGAAAACAGUCCCGUCAAUAUAUUGCACCUGAAAUCGCAGGCUUGCAUCGUACGCGAUCAGAUCAUCAUGGAGGAGAAGGAUGAAAAGAAGCAAAAGUCGUACGGUUCGAGAGCGGGCGACAAGCAUAAGAAGAAAUUGUACGACAUCGAAGCCCAGUUGGUAUUGGCGUCGCCGAAUUUAGUAUUUCGCAUCGGUGACAAGGCGAAGAAUAAGACGUGGACAUUCUUCCUCAGUUCGGAUUUCGAACGGACACAGUGGAUUGAAAGUAUUAUGUCGUUGCAGCAAUCGUGUAAUUUGCCUGGUGCCCAGCCGGUCAGCAUCUACGAUCUACAAGCUUGGAUAGCCGCCUGUCAAACAAUGAUGAAAACGGAAAUGGGUUCCUAUUUGCUACGAAAUAGCCGCGACGAGAGUCUAUUGGUCGGUGAUCUACAUCUGACCUUGCACGGAGUAACGGGCCUGGAAAGUGCGGCCGAUUUUUUCAUAUGCGUAGAAGUCGAUUCGUACGGACAUUAUUUCCGCAAGGCCAAGACGAAAUUAGUUUGUCGCAGUGCCAAUCCGGUGUGGAAUGAAUCGUUCAUCGUUGAAUUGGAGGGCAGUCAAAAUGUUCGAUUUUUGCUGUACGAAGAUCACAGCGGUAGACAAAUAUUACGUGCCAAGCAUGUCAUUCAACUGAGCCGAAAGUGGCUGAAAGAGAGCGUAUUCAGCAUGCCCGUUAAAUUGUCCGACUCAUUGACUCUGAGUUCGUCGAUUCGUUUCGUGCCGGGUGAAGUAUCAUUACGUCGUGUGCCAACAUCAAAGCCAGGUGCACUCUUUGGGGCCAAAAUGCAACAGGUUUUAAAACGUGAAAAGCGAAACAUUCCAUUCAUCAUAAGCGCAUGUAUCAGAGAAGUGGAACGUCGCGGUAUGUACGAGAUCGGAGUGUAUCGGGUCAGUGGUUCAGCAUCGGAUUUGGCUAAAUUGAAGAAAUCAUUCGAGACGAACAAUUACGAAGCCGAACAAUUGCUCAAAGAAGUGGACAUCCAUUCGGUUACAGGAAUCUUGAAAUCAUAUUUACGUGAACUUCCCGAGGCCUUAUUUACGGACCUUCUAUAUCCAAAACUUUUUGAUAUUUACAACAAAUACAGUAAUUUUAACGAAACCGGACGCAUCGACGACCUGCAACGUGCAUUUGCCGAACUGCCCGAACCGAAUCGCGAAUCAAUCAACUUCAUAUUGGACCAUUUGAUUAGAGUUCAUCAGCAGGAAGCUGAAAAUAAAAUGUCUUUGCACAAUUUGGCCAUGGUUUUCGGCCCGACUCUGCUGCGACCGGGUCCGCACACCGGCAAACACAAAGACGGCCUGGAAUCGAGCACAGUGGAUGUGAUGGCUCAGGCUGGAAUUUUAUACUGCUUCCUCUCAGCUAAGAAAUAGGUUAAAUCAGUUUUUCAUUUUUCAUUUUUUUUAGACAUUAGGUAAGCCAAUUAAAGUAAAACAAAAACGUACAUUUCAUCGAUGAACAUAAAAUAUGUUAGUGAGAGAGAUCGAUCCCGCCCGGGACAGUCGGCCAAUUUUUGGACAUUUUAAUUUGCGUUUUUUUUUUCUUCGUGGCACUUGUUGUGUGCCGAAAGACAGCGAAAUUUUUAGCUGUGAACAGCUUCGAUUGUGUUGUUUUUGUGUGGUAUCCCACAUAUGGGAUGCUUGCUCGUGUUAAGUAACCCUUGAUGUACUUUAUCGGCUCGAAAAUAAACUCUUUUCAGUGUUUCGUUGGCCGUUUAUGACAUUGCAACGGUUUCUGAUUUACAGAAAUCUUAUUUUAGUGAAGUCAGGCUCGACUUAACUGGUCACUGUAACUAAUUAAGGUGUGAAUGAUGAGACAGACUACCACAAAAAUUCGUGCGCGUCACUCCAGCUGCAUCUGAGUGAUUUUAUAAAUUAAAUUCGAAGGAUCCGGCAAAAUAUUUUUGUCGGCCCGGCAUGCAAAAAAGCAAACAGUUUUUCGGAUGACCCGAUGACUAACAAUGGGAAUUCCUUUUUUCUUAAUGCAAAAUCAGUUUCAGUGCAGACACACACGAGUUUUUGUGUUGUCAUCCAUUAAGAACACUCAGUACUCCAACACUGCGUAAAUAGCAAAGUUUAAAAGUAAUAAAAAAAAAAAAAUUGGCUCUGCCUUGGGCUAUGGAUGGAAAGAGAUGGACAAUUGUUUGGUUUUAUGAAUUUUCCGUUUUUUUUUCUCGAUUGACUGGACUGUGUGGAAAUGUCUGUGUUUUGUUUCAAGGAGCAUGCAAAUUGUGACUUUUAAGUUUUGAUAGUAUUUUUGCUGAUGAUAAUGAUAAUAAUAGUUGAUGGUGUGUACGGGAACGGACAAUGUUUGUGUGGUAUACGUAUACCCUUUUUUUUCGUUUAUCCAUCUUAAGUCGCCGCCAGGCUUUGUACAUUCGUUUUUUUAUUAUGUCAUUUAAAGCUUUUCGUUUGUUGAUUGUGUACUUUGAAAUGUAAAUCGAAUAUUUAUUUAUUGAUUUUGAUUAAGGAUUUUUUUUUUAAAUAAAUAACAAAAAAGGAUAGAAAGGAGCAGAAGAAGGAAAAGAAAAUAAAAAAAUAUUAUUGUCAAGUAGGACGUUCAUUACAAUUCGUUCGUAGAUAUUAAAACAUUACCUAGCUGUAGACGUAGUCAUUAAAUACUUUAUACAAUAAUUAAUUUAAAAGUCUAUGAGAAUACAUAAGAAAUAAAAAUUACAAAACAAAAAA